AUGACCUCGUCUCCGUCGUACAUCGACUACGAGACCUUCCUGGACCCUUCAUUCUCACCGACCUCGUUUGCCCAGACGCUGGUGGCAACCACCAACAACCCGUCUGAUACUCCGCUGGACCUCUCUACGCCGCUCUCUCGUGUGCUGUUUGACAUCCAGGAAGUUGACAGCCACGUCCACACACUCACGACCAAGUCUGCUCUGCCACUGCUGCGGUAUACGACAGACACUACUGCCUCGGGCCAGCGUGUACUUCUCGCACUAGAGGCGCAGGUUUUAGCGCUGACUGAAGGGUACCAGCGUCUUGAGAAAGAUGUGGUGCGUCGCUGGGAAGGAGCCGAGGAAGUGCGCGGAGCAGCGGAGCGGUCCUGGGCGACUGUGAAGUUGGCCCGGGCCGUGUCGAGAUGUCUGAUGCUGGGCAGGCAGCUGGAGGGUCAGCUGGUGGAGAUCAGUGGGCGGGAGCGAGAGGACCACCGGGCGCUGGUAAGGGCGUCUCAGACACUAUUGAUGCUUAGACGGAUGUUUGCAGACAAUGGCAACGGUGACGAUGACGGGGAAGGCGAGGGGUACGGUGUUGGGCUGGAGCGGGUGAAGGUGGUGAGAACGUUGAAAGCUGAGCUGGUGAAUCCAGCAGAGAACAGUGUCAAGGCACGCGCGCAGCAGAUCGUCAGUCGGUUCUCGCUACCCAUAGACGAGCAAGGGGCGGUUUUGCGGCCCGGCGCUGGCGGCACUGGCUCUACAUAUGCACAGCAGGAAGAGAGCCGAGCACGACUGAUAUCAGCCAUGACUGCCCUCUACCUGCUCUCCCCUACUACUACUCAAACUAUAUCCACGGCUAAUUUCCAACCAGAACUGCUCCUCGUGACGUUAAAGUCGUUCAUACACGCGUCCCUGACGGCCUCCCUGCAGGCCCUUCUUCGAGGACUCUCCCAGCUCCCGUCUCUGGAGCGAGCACUGCUCGAGGUCUCCAACCGCUGCCAGACGGUGGUAGUGCUAGAGAGGAUACUUCAGGGUGCCAGACAGCCUGCGCACCCCUUCUACAACCACGCCGCCAACGAUCUAUCUUCGUCGUCGUCCACCUUGCCCACUUCUACUUCUGAGAAGAAAGAGAAGAACGUCAAGAACAACUUACUGUACCCACUACUGCAGUACCUGGACACAUCGUCCCUGCCAAGCUACUUCUGGCGCUGCCUGGCAUCCGCCCUAUCCCCGCGGGUAGGGGAGCUGCUAAACCGUGGCGGGGCGGCCGCCCGGGCCCUGAGAGGGAAUCGGGAGAGGCUGCGAGAUGAGAUCCGGCAGUGUGUGUUACGUGGGAGCAGUGCCGACGCCUCCAGCAGGGGCCGAGACAGAGAGCAGGAAGCAGAUGGUGGAGGGCUGGUGGUGGGCAACUGGGAGAGGGAGGCAGCGGUGAUGGUCGGGGCAGUGCUGGGCAACCGAUAG